AUAAGGAGAGCACUAUUUUGAGGCACCCAGCUAUAAUCACAAGUAACCAAUUCACUAAUAUGCUCAAUUAAAGUGUCCUGACUGCAGGUCCUAUCUGAGGGCUCUCGUCUUUCUUUGCACUCGUGCAUAUCUUCCUAUGUUCCUUUCUCCGCCUUUCAAUAGCAACUUAUAUCAAUCGACUACGUCAAACACUUUGUAGCGCGCCUACAGCUUUUGUGAAGACCCUCUUACUUUCCGCCACAUCCGACACAUCUCAAAGUUAUAGAUAUUAAACCACGGCAUCUAAAUUCCAGAUUGGUUCCCAUUUACCCCAACUACACUAUCAGAAUGGCUCCAUCUGUGGAAAAGACAAGCGACGACCUCAACAAUCUGAGCAUCUCUCCGUUCGGACAGGCCAGAUCAACAGUCGAAGGACAGCCACUGGACAAUGAAGAGAUUCGCAAGAUGACAGAUUAUUUCCACGCAACCCUGUACCUAUGUCUAGGGAUGAUCUACCUUAAAGAAAACCCUCUGCUUCGAGAGCCGCUGAAGGUCGAGCAUCUCAAGCGCCGAUUGCUCGGUCAUUGGGGAUCUGACGCCGGACAAAGCUUCACAUACAUCCACAUGAAUCGUCUCAUCAAGAAAUACGACCUCAACGCUAUAUUCAUUUCUGGGCCUGGACACGGUGCACCCGCCGUUCUCUCCAACUCUUACCUUGAGAGCGUAUAUUCUGAAGUCUACCCGGACAAGAGCGAGGACAUUAAUGGCAUGAGGAGGUUCUUCAAGUAUUUCUCAUUUCCAGGCGGAAUCGGAUCGCAUGCAACGCCCGAGACUCCUGGAAGUUUACACGAGGGCGGUGAGCUCGGGUAUUCCAUCUCACAUGCUUUCGGUACUGUCUUCGAUCAUCCAGAGCUAAUCGCAUUAACGAUGGUCGGUGACGGUGAGAGCGAGACAGGCCCGUUGGCAACAAGCUGGCAUUCAACAAAGUUCUUGAACCCGAUCACCGAUGGUGCUGUGCUGCCUGUCCUCCAUCUCAAUGGAUACAAAAUCAACAACCCUACCCUCCUUGCUCGUGUGAGCCACAAGGAGCUCGAGUCGCUCUUCAUAGGAUACGGCUGGACGCCUUACUUCGUCGAGGGAGAUGAUCUGCCUACGAUGCAUCAAGCCAUGGCGGCUACCAUGGAGAAAUGUAUCAACGAGAUCAAAGAGUAUCAGAAGAAGGCUCGCGAGACUGGAAAAGCAUUCAGACCACGCUGGCCUAUGAUUGUCCUUCGAACUCCUAAGGGUUGGACCGGUCCUCGAAAGCUAGGAGACCAUUUCCUGGAAGGUUUCUGGCGCUCGCAUCAAGUUCCGAUUCCUGACGUCUUGAAAGACUCGUCGAAGCUCAAGACCCUCGAAGAGUGGAUGCGUAGCUACGGGCCCGAGAGACUUUUCGACGAAUCGGGCGCUAUUGUUCCUGAGCUGAAAGAGCUGGCUCCGACUGGAUUGAGCAGAAUGAGUGCCAAUCCGAUCGCCAAUGGCGGCAUUCUUCGACGUAAACUACACGUUCCCGAUUUCCGUGAUUAUGCUAUUGAAGUUAAAUCGGGUGGAAUUGAAAACUUAGGUAGUAUGGCGAACUGCGCCAAGUUCUUGAGGGAUAUCAUCAAGAACAAUCCCAAACACUUCCGACUCUUCGGUCCUGACGAGACGGAGUCGAACAAGCUCGGCGGGGUCUAUGAAGCUGGCAAGAAAGUAUGGCUUGGGGAGUAUUUUGAAGAGGACGCAGAUGGGGGCAAUCUUGCCUUGGAGGGUAGAGUAAUGGAAAUGCUCUCAGAACACACUGUUGAAGGUUGGUUGGAAGGCUACAUCCUUUCCGGCCGCCAUGGUCUGCUCAACAGUUACGAACCAUUUGUUCAUAUCAUUGAUUCCAUGGUUAACCAGCACUGCAAAUGGAUCGAGAAGUGCCUCGAGGUGGAGUGGCGCGUCAAGGUCGCAUCAUUGAACAUCCUACUCACCUCAACUGUCUGGCGCCAGGACCAUAACGGCUUCACCCAUCAAGACCCUGGCUUCAUCAGCGUGGUCUGCGAUAAGAGCCCUGAAGUCGUCCGAAUCUACCUUCCCCCAGACGCGAACUGCCUCCUCAGCGUAGCCAACCACUGUCUCCGCAGCUCAAAUUACGUCAACGUGAUCAUAGCCGACAAGCAAGAGCACCUCCAAUUCCUCAACAUGGAACAAGCCAUCGCCCACUGCAGCAAAGGCGUCGGCAUCUGGGACUGGGCCAGCAACGACCAAGGCGAAGAGCCGGACGUCGUGAUGGCAUCCUGCGGCGACGUCUCGACGCACGAAGCCCUCGCCGCGACUGCCCUCCUCCGCCAACACAUCCCCAACAUCAAAGUCCGCUUCGCCAACGUCGUCGACCUCUUCAAACUCAUCCCCGCAGCCGAGCAUCCCCACGGCCUGUCAGACCGCGAGUACGCAGCCAUAUUCACAGACAACAAGCCCGUCAUAUUCAACUUCCAUUCCUACCCCUGGCUUGUCCACCGCUUGACGUAUAAGCGUCAGGGUCAAGAUCACUUGCACGUCAAGGGGUAUAGGGAAAAGGGGAACAUUGACACCCCGCUUGAGCUGGCUAUCAGGAAUGAGACUGAUCGCUUCAGCCUCGCCAUCGCUGCUAUUGAUCAAUUGACUGGGUAUGGAAACAAAGCUGCUGCUGCGAGAGAAGCGUUGCUCAAUCAGCGCAUCAAGGCGAAGAAUUAUGCUUUCCACGAGGGCUUGGAUCCUGAGGAAUUGACUAAAUGGGUUUGGCCGUAUUAGCUCCAGGCAUUGAGGCUCCUCUUCGUCUGUAUUAUAUUGUAUGGGGUAAUAUUUGGUAUUGCGGUAGUUAAUCGAAGUCCUCAAAUGAAGGAUUAUGGUAUGAUUUCACGACCAUAUUGCAUAAGGAAUGAAUAUACAUAAUCGCC